CAACAAUGUAUGGAAUUUGGCCGUAUGGUUUUUUUAAGAAACUGGAUAUUCCUGGACCCAGACCCCUGCCGUUCUUUGGGACGUUUUUGGAAUAUCGCAAGGGUCUUUUGCAAUUUGACCUGGAAUGUUUUAGGAAGUACGGAAAAACAUGGGGCAUCUACGAUGGCAGACAGCCCAUCCUCGUCGUCCUGGGCCCCGUCCUCAUCAAGGUGGUCCUGGUGAAGGAGUUUUACACCGUUUUCACCAACCGAUGGGUAGGAUCCAACCCAAAUCCACUUUCGGACUUCGGUUUGAACGGAGGUUUGGAAUCGGGCCUCACCACUGCUGAGGACGAGAAGUGGAAAUGGAUCAGAACUGUCGUCUCCCCAACCGUCACCAGCGGGGAGCUCAAGGAGAUGCUCCUGCUCAUCCGGCACCCUGGAGAUGUGCUCGUGCAGAACGUCAGGAGGAGGGCGGCCCGGGGCGAGGCCGGGGACACGAAGGCGAUUUUUGGGGCCUACAGCCUGGAUGUCAUCAUCAGCACUUCUUUUGGCGUCGACACGGAGUCCAUCAAUAACCCCGACAACAUUAUUCUCUGCCACAUUAAGAAGUUGUUCUCAUUCAGUUUUUUGAGCCCUCUGAUCAUCCUCAUAGUGAUAUGCCCUUUCCUUGUGCCGCUGCUGAAAACAGAAAGGGAGAUGGUGGCCGUCAUCUCCGGACUGAACUUGCAGGUUGACCUGUUGCGCAGUGAGCAGAUGGGACACAGGCUGAAGUCUGGGAAACAGCCGGAGCCCCUCUUCCGGGGGUCGUCACUCCGGCUCAUGACUGAUUCCCAGGCCACAGCCAGUCUGGAAUCCAGCAGAGCUCUGACCGACAUGGAGAUCUCCGCUCAAGCCAGCAGCUUUAUUUUUGCCGGAUACGAAACCACAAGCUCAACGCUCAGCUUCAUCGCUUACAACCUGGCCACUCACCCAGAGGUGCAAGAGAAGCUUCAAGAGGAGACGGACCGCGCCUUUCCCGACAAGCACCCUCCUCUCCCGCAAGCGGAGCCGACCCACGGGACCCUCUUCCAGAUGGAGUUCCUGGACAUGGUGGUGAACGAGACCCUGCGGCUCUUCCCCCUGGGGCGCCUGGAGAGGGUGAAGAAGACCGUGGAGAUAAAUGGGCUGACCAUCCCCAGGGGGACGGUGGUGAUGGUCCCUGCCUACACCCUACACCGCGAUCCCGAGUACUGGCCUGAGCCGGAGGAGUUCCGCCCCGAGAGGUUCAAUAAAGCCAAGAGGGCGGCCCUGGAUCCCUACGUGUUUCUCCCCUUUGGAACCGGGCCCCGGAACUGUGUCGGGAUGAGAGUUGCCCUCCUCUCCUUGAAGGCAGCCCUUGUCGUGCUCCUGCAGAGUUUCUCCCUGGAGACUUGCCAAGAGACCCCGAUCCCCCUGGAACUGGACACCAAGGGCUUCAUGCAGCCUGAGAAACCCAUCGUGCUCAAACUCACGGCCAGAGCGAGAGCUGAGCCCCGGGACUGAAAGGCUCUGGGCUUAGGAAGCUCCGUCCGUCCUGCUCAGCUCUCCUGAGGAAGGAUCAGCGGUCCUGGAUCACACAGAAGCGAGGUGCCACCUGGGCAGAAGCCGAUUGCACUUUGGCUCUCCCCAACACCACACCCGGUGCUUGGACAACCUCACCUCCCGUAAUCACCACGUUAAAAGAAAGCUUGACCUGGAAUUCCAAGGCUUUCUCCUUGGAUGCUGAGAUCCUAUAUCCGCCCCCCCAGCAGUGCAAAAACGUGAAAACCCAACCCCUUCUUGUUGACCUAGUAAUUGGAGAGUCCCAUGUGAUCCGUGUCAUGCUGCUCAGUUCAUUAAAUUCUUGG